GCCUGCCCAGCGCGGGGUUUCCGCGCCCUCCGCCUCGCGUGGCCUCCCUGACGUCGCUUCCCGCGUCCUUCGGCAGAGCCCGGCAACACGGAGAGGCCCCGGGCCCCAGCCCCUAGUAGGAGUAGAAAAGCGGAGGGCUGGCGGUGGCCUCCCCAGGGCCCCUUGACCUUACUUGGGUGAACCCUUUGGUGCCAGAGGGAAGGGCGUGAAAGCGGCGACAGGUGCCCAGGGAAGAAGUGGACAGGUGGGGCGAGGGCCACGCGCGGCCUCCUGUGUUUUUGAGCACACAGACCUGAUCACUACUCCCUGGAGGCCAGUGCCAUGCACCAAGCCUGGGUGUAGCCCAUGAGAGCUAUUUUCACACAUGCUCAGAAAUUGCCACCCCUCUCCCCUGCCAAAGGUGGUUUAAAAUGGCAGGAACCAGUGUGCCAUCCAGAAGCAGGAAGACCAGUGCCUCCACUAGUGGUCCACCAGUGCCAGCAUUUGCAGAAGCCACACCUAAAGCCGAGUGUGGGGACCCUACUGGGGCCUGAGGCAUUUUGAGGGUGAAGAGUGUGGGAGCACCUGGCUGCACAGACCUCCUGAGGGCACAGGACAGUUCUCCCCAGGUAGUGCUGGGGUGAGCACUGGCCUGAGUGACACCCACAUACACACCAAGCCUGGCCUUUUCCACCUCAUUUUUAUAGCUCCUCUCCACUUCCCUGGGUUUCCUUGAAAUCACAGCCUUACAGUGAAUCCUUAAGAAAUAGGACUGUUAGUCUGGAUUUGAAAAGGGAAAAAUACAAAAUUUUCUCAUUUCUUAUAUCUGUGAUUACUACUUUUGCAGCAAAGUUACCAAGAAAGAACAUGUAAAUAUGUUUAGUUUUGAAGACAGAUGCAACAGUUAUUUCUCCAGAAGACAAACUUUAGAAAGCAACCAUAGUUGCAAGGCUAAUAGCUUAUCUUAGAAUAAUUAUAUUUGAAAAGGAACUCUGCCCACUGAGGAUGUAGCUCUGAUAUUUUUUUCAUUGUUAUUGGUGCACAAGGCCUCAAAAGAAAAAUCAUACUUUACAGACUUGAGGGAGACUUGGAACAGCUUCUGUGAUUGUGAGCAGUGACUUAAGUGCUUCUCAGGCUCAGUUUCUCGUUUGCAAAGCAUAGCUCACUCUGGCUGGCUCACCGUGGUGUUCAGGUGCACAGAUUAGGUGAUUUGGCCAACUGUUCACUCGGUAAAUCUCUACAGAAGGACACUUUCAUGUGCCCGGCACUGAGUAAGAGAAAGCCUGGGGGACCCCAGUUCAGGCAGGUAGGGGAGGCAGUGUAGACAAGAAGCAAUAGGAAUCCUGGGUAAGACAGUGGCAAGGGCUGCCAGGUGGGCAGGGAUGAUGCACAGGGCUGGGUGCCAUGGGCCUGUCCUCCAGGGACUCCUACUGAGGAAGGACCCCUCUUGUUGCAGAGCAGGAGACUCAUGGUGAGGGCUGGGGCAUGGGCCCUUGGUCCAGCUAUGUGGCGGGGACAGACCCUCAGUGGCUUGCAGGGUCCUGCAGGCUGAUUGCAGCUAUGUGCUUGGGACUGUUGGGGGCAGCCCAAGGCCCGUGUGCAGACCUUCCACUCCGUCUCACCUGUUCCCAGGCCACAGGUGCUCGUGUGCUGGGGAGGAGAGCUGCAGAGGGGAACAUUUGUCCACCCAGGACUGGUGGGAAGAACGCCCGUCCACCUGCUUGAGCACAGCUUGCUGUGAGGUCGUGAUGUUUGUUUGGUGUUGCGGGCAACACAGCGAUGGCCGGAAGCAGCCAGCCAGCCUGCGGUCCUGCAGAAUCAAGGCCAGUGUCCUGACACACUGUGUGUUGCAGAAAGUUGCAGUGAGGCAUCAGUAGAGGAGACUCAAGCGCAGUGUGUGGCACUGGGCUUGAGUUCUGCAGUGGUAGAAGCAGGAAUGGAUGGAGCAGAAAUGUGGUCAGCUUCCUGUGGCCACAGAAGGGUUUGUUCACAUGUGCUGUAGAUAGCAGGCCAUCUCAGCGUAGGUGCAGAUAUCAGUAGAUUUACAAGAGUGACAACGGUUUUAUUUUAGAAAGUCAAGUUAUGUCCCUUGUAGCUCUUGAAACUUGGUGUGAACAGGGCAAGCUGUCAGCUGAAUGCAGGAAAGAGCAAGACCCUGGUGGAGAGAGGUGAAGAGAUUCCCACACAUCGUAGCAGGCAUCAGGCUGCCACAGAGAGAGGGCCUGGGAAGGAGCAAGGGCUGUGGAGCACUGGCUUUGGUCAGAACUAGAGGGAGGGAGGACCAAGGAGCCGGCCUGGGCCAUCCACUGUGGAGGAUCGGGAUGCUGGAUGGAGGGGCGGCCAGUAAAGGGGCCAAGGAAGGAGCGUCCAGCCAGAGGGAAAGUGACCAGGAGACUGUAGCUCAAGAAGGAUAUCCAGGGGGGCCGGGGCCUCCCUGCCGGGAGUCACUGGAGGAGGGACAGACACGGGCAGGGGUCUGGUGGAGCCAGAGGCAGCCCACUCACAUGCCAAAGGAGGGGUGAAGUGGGCCAGUCCUCUAGGAGGACUUCAGCAGUAGAAGGGACAGAGAAACGGAGAUUUGCGUGGGGAAGGGACCUGCAGGCACACAGUGUGUGCUAGUGCUGGGCUCUGAGUGUCUUGGGUGCUGUAGGGAGAGGUGUGGUGUGUCGUGUGGCAGUCGUAGCCAAGAGGACUUUGGGCAGGAGGGGCAUUUGGGUUGGGCUUUCAGAACUGAGUAGGAGUUUGACAGAUGGAGGGCAGUUUCUGCCUUAGCCUGUUUUCUGCUGCUAUCCCAGAAUACGACCGACUAAGUAAAUUAUAAAGAAAAGAAAUUAAACCUUAGCACUCUGGAGGCUGGAAGCUCGAGAUCACGGUGCUGGCGUCCACUGAGGCCUCCAUGAGGCCUCCUCCGUCCAUGUGAAGAUGGUAGGGUGCACGCCUUUCUCUCCCUCUUGCAUGGUGAGAGUAUGUGAGAGAGAAUCUGCUUUUGCAGUCUGUCAGGCGCUGUAUCCUGGGUGUCCCAGGUCUGUGGGGUGGAUGAGCUCCAGUGGCCCUCAGCUUCCCGUUGCCACAGACUCGAGUGGAGGUGGAUUCUCGGAGGCCCUGCCCCUCUCUGCCUCGUGUGCGCUGUCUGUCCUGGCUCCGCUUGGCCUGUUGGUGGUGCAGCAGUCUGGGCUUCAGGUCACAGGUCACCUUGCCCAAGCAUCGGAAACCUCCACCUCGGACGAAUGACACGGCUCAGGUGCAACAGCGCUGUCAGCCACUGACUUGCCCAGCGGGACCAUUUGGGUUCUCGCUCCCACCACUCUGGGGAGGAAGGACACCUGCACCAGGGCCCUGCCUUUGAGAAGGGUGUGCACAGGCACAACGUCCAGACCCACCCAGGCCCGCCAGCCGGCACAGGACACAGGGCCCGCAGGAGACAGCUAAGCACACCCAGUACUGCGGCUUCCCUGUGCAGCAGAGCGUCAUCGCACAUGCACACAAAACAGCAAGCAGAACUGUGCACCAGAACCAAGCCAGCCCGAAACAAGCAGCAGACUUCAGAGGCGGGCUGGAGACGUGUGGCACACGUGUUGAUGCCCAGAGGUUUUCAGAGUCACGCGUCCCACACUCUGACUUACCAGACCUGGGGGGAUGCCAGGUGUGAAGAUGGCGGAAGAUGGCAGCGAAGAGAUCAUGUUCAUCUGGUGUGAAGACUGUAGCCAGUACCAUGACUCCGAGUGUCCUGAGCUGGGCCCAGUGGUCAUGGUCAAGGACUCCUUCGUGCUGAGCAGGGCAAGGUCUUCCCUGCCUUCCAACCUGGAGAUCCGACGUCUGGAAGAUGGGGCGGAAGGCGUGUUCGCCGUCACGCAGCUGGUCAAGCGGACACAGUUUGGCCCCUUCGAGUCCAGGAGGGUGGCCAAGUGGGAGAAGGAAUCCGCGUUUCCCCUGAAGGUGUUCCAGCAGGACGGCCACCCUGUGUGCUUCGACACCUCCAACGAGGAUGACUGCAACUGGAUGAUGCUGGUGCGGCCAGCAGUGGAGCCCGGGCACCAGAACCUGACGGCCUUCCAGCACGGCAGUGAUGUGUACUUCACCACCUCGCGGGACAUCCCUGCUGGCGCUGAGUUGCGCGUGUGGUAUGCGGCCUUCUACGCCAAGAAGAUGGACAAGCCCAUGCUGAAGCAGGCCUGCUCCAGCGUCCACGCUGCAGGCACCCCCGAGCACAGCGGCCCCGUGGAGUCGGAGCGCAGCCCGUGGGCUUGCAAGGUGUGCUCCAGCGCCUUCCUCGAGCUGCAGCUCCUCAACGAGCAUCUCCUGGGCCACCUGGAGCAAGCGAAAGGCCUUCCUGCCGGCAGCCAUCAUGAGGCAGCCCCAGAGAAGGAGCCUCAGCCGCCCCGGGUGCAGCCCCCUGCAGUGCCGGAGAGUGCCAGCGUCCAGAGCAGGGCCACCAAAGAGCAGAAGAAAAAGCCUCGAAGGGGGAGAAAAUCCAAAGCAUCAAAGCCGGAGCAGCCUCUGGUCAUCGUGGAGGACAAAGAGCCAGCAGAGCAAGUGGCUGAGAUCAUCACCGAGGUCCCGCCAGACGAGCCUGUGAGCGCAACUCCAGAUGAGCGGAUGGUGGAGCUGGUUUUGGGAAAGCUGGCUCCUCACACACACGACGGCAGCACGGUGCCAAAGUUCACACACCAUCAGAGCAGCACCAUCGCCCUCAAGAGGAGCCUGGUUCUGUCCAGCAGACACGGCAUCCGGCGGAAGCUGGCGAGGCAGCUGGGGGAGCACAAGCGGGUGCACCAGUGUGGCAUCUGCAGCAAGGUCUUCCAGAACAGCAGCAACCUGAGCAGGCACGUGCGCUCCCACGGUGACAAGCUGUUUAAGUGUGAAGAAUGUGCAAAGCUGUUCAGCCGCAAGGAGAGCCUGAAGCAGCACGUCUCCUACAAGCACAGCAGGAACGAGGUGGACGGCGAGUACCGGUACCGCUGUGGCACCUGUGGGAAGACCUUCCGCAUGGAGAGCGCGCUGGAGUUUCACAACUGCCGGACAGGACUCAUAGCAAACCCGGGAGAGGGGGGGACCAGUGGCAAUCGGCUUAGAGACCUACCAGAUGACAAGACGUUCCAAUGUGAGAUGUGUUUCAGAUUCUUCUCCACCAACAGCAACCUCUCCAAGCACAAGAAGAAGCACGGGGACAAGAAGUUCGCCUGCGAGGUCUGCAGCAAGAUGUUCUACCGCAAGGACGUCAUGCUGGACCACCAGAGGCGGCACCUGGAAGGAGUGCGGCGGGUGAAGAGAGAGGACUUGGAGGCUGGCGGGGAAAGCCUGGUGCGCUACAAGAAGGAGCCCUCCGGAUGCCCGGUGUGUGGCAAGGUAUUCUCCUGCCGCAGCAACAUGAACAAGCACCUGCUGACCCACGGCGACAAGAAGUACACCUGUGAGAUCUGCGGGCGCAAGUUCUUCCGCGUGGACGUGCUCAGGGACCACAUCCACGUCCACUUCAAGGACAUUGCGCUCAUGGACGACCACCAGCGGGAGGAGUUCAUCGGCAAGAUCGGGAUCUCCUCAGAGGAGAACGAUGACAACUCCGACGAGAGCGCGGACUCGGAGCCCCACAAGUACAGCUGCAAGAGGUGCCAGCUCACCUUCGGCCGCGGGAAGGAGUACCUGAAGCACAUCAUGGAGGUGCACAAGGAGAAGGGCUACGGCUGCAGCACCUGCCACCGGCGCUUCGCCCUCAAGGCCACCUACCACGCCCACAUGGUCAUCCACCGCGAGAACCUGCCCGACCCCAACGUGCAGAAAUACAUUCACCCCUGUGAGAUCUGUGGGCGGAUCUUCAACAGCAUUGGGAACUUGGAGCGACACAAGCUCAUCCACACAGGUGUGAAAAGCCACGCCUGCGAGCAGUGCGGGAAGUCGUUCGCCAGGAAGGACAUGCUUAAGGAGCACAUGCGCGUGCAUGACAACAUCCGCGAGUACCUGUGCGCCGAGUGUGGGAAAGGCAUGAAGACGAAACACGCGCUGCGCCACCACAUGAAGCUGCACAAGGGCAUCAAGGAGUAUGAGUGCAAGGAGUGCCACCGCAAGUUCGCGCAGAAGGUCAACAUGCUAAAGCACUACAAGCGGCACACGGGGAUCAAAGACUUCAUGUGUGAGCUGUGUGGGAAGACCUUCAGCGAGAGGAACACCAUGGAGACCCACAAGCUCAUCCACACAGAAGUGGGCAAGCAGUGGACGUGCUCCGUGUGUGACAAGAAGUACGUCACCGAGUACAUGCUGCAGAAGCACGUGCAGCUCACCCAUGACAAGGUGGAGGCGCAGAGCUGUCAGCUGUGCGGGACCAAGGUGUCCACCCGGGCCUCCAUGAGCAGGCACAUGCGGCGCAAGCACCCCGAGGUCCUUGCAGUGAGGAUCGACGACCUGGACCACCUGCCUGAGACCACCACCAUUGACGCCUCCUCCAUCGGCAUCGUCCAGCCUGAGCUGAACCUGGAGCAGGAAGAGCUGGCUGAGGGGAAGCCCGGGAAGACUGCCAAGCGCAGCCACCGGAGGAAGCAGAAGCCCGAGGAGGGGGCAGGGGCACCGGCACCCGAGGACACCGCCUUCAGCGAGUACUCGGAAAAGGAGGCCGAGUUCACGGGCAGCGUGGGCGACGAGACCAGCUCCGCAGUGCAGAGCAUUCAGCAGGUGGUGGUGACCCUGGGAGACCCCAAUGUGACUGCCCCAUCAAGUUCCGUUGGCCUGACCAAUAUCACCGUGACCCCCAUCACCACUGCAGCUGGGACUCAGUUUACCAAUCUGCAGCCAGUGGCUGUGGGGCACCUCACCACCCCUGAACGCCAGUUGCAGCUGGACAACUCCAUCCUGACCGUGACCUUUGACACCGUCAGUGGCUCCGCCAUGUUGCACAACCGCCAGCACGAUGUCCAGGUCCACCCGCCGCCAGAGGCCUCCAGCCCCCAGUCUGUGGCCCACUUCAUCAAUCUGACCACCCUGGUCAACUCCAUCACACCCCUGGGGAGCCAGCUCAGUGAGCAGCACCCACUCACAUGGCGGGCAGUGCCCCAGACAGACGUGUUGCAGCCGCCGCAGCCGCCGGCACCCCCACAGCAGGCGGCACAGCCCCAGGUCCAGGCAGAGCAGCAGCAGAUGUACAGCUACUGAGCUGCUGCCGCCACCGGACAGAGCCAGGGACUGGGGGUGUCUUGAGGAGUGUGUGCUGGAUACCAAACAGAGCAAAGGUGCAUACGGUGCGUCGUGCCUGAGGUGGACGUAGCUCUGCAGACCGUCUCCAGGUACCCCAGCAGCUGUGGGAGUGUCGGCUUAGCUCCAGAAACGACCCGGCAGGCAGGGUUGGAAACUCGGUCCGUGCCAGAUAUGCCUUACCAAGGUCGUGCAGCCGGCCUCAGAACGCUGAGGGCAGGGCUGGAGAAGGGGCGUAGAGGUAGAAGCAGGUCCCAGGAGCGAUUGUCAUGAGGAGCACAAGCCGUUGGUUUUCUGUUUUCUUUGGAGCUCAUUACUGUACUGAACACACAGUAGUCACGGGGCAGCACACAGCAGAGAACACGGUUUCCCCUCACUCCUGGAUAUUUUUUGGCAAGUAAGCAGAUAGAGGUUGAAGUAACUUCGCUUCAAAAUAUGGCUUGAGUCUAGUUUGCCGCCCGGCUGUGGACUGAGGCCACAUGUGAGAUGUGCCACAGUGGCAUGGGACUCUGCCUUCGAGUUCCUCACAGGCAAGGGGUCACGUGAGGCCACCCACCCAGGCACAAAAGACAUGUUGGGAAUGUCCAUCAAUCAAUUUUCAUACAGUUUUUCAUUUUCUUUUUUAUUUCAAACGUGUAUUCAAGAUCUUGUUGUGGCCAAUAUUGUUUUUCUAACUUUAAAAUGAUGAAGUCGAUUGCACUGUAGGACUGUCCACGUCCGAUUCUGCACUGCUGCCCGUGCAGAGGCGCUCUCUCCCAGUGGGAGAGUUCACUUCCAGAGGCUCCUUUGGAGUCGUCUCAGGAUUCUCUGCCAUCCAAAAGUAUUUAUUGUGGCUGAAUCUCAGUCAGAGCCCUGAACAGAAGGACAGGGAAGAAAUCCAUGUUUUCUUUCUGUGUGAACCUCAGUUCCAAAGGUGGAUGUGUCCAAAGACCCAUUCCCUAUAAAAAACGUUGAGCGAUCAGGCUCUGGACAGGGAAGUGUGUGUGUUCCAGAAACACCGAGGACUCGGCUGCCCGCAGCUGGGAGUGGAGGCAGGCGAGGUUAGUCUAGCAGCAGAUGUGUGGAAUGCUCUUACAGCCAGCUCUGUAGGACACACGUCACGCCCGUGUGCCACCCGGGGGUGAAGGGCCUGGCUGGCUGACCCGCUGUGUGCAGCCAGCAGUGUGGGACAUGCAGGCGUGGGAGAGGAGCUUGGUUUCCUCUCCUGCUGUCUUCAGCACUGCCUGUGAGGGUCAGCUUGCCUACUGUUACCAGGGAGGCCACCUGAAGGGACCCCAGUAACUGGGCAGUGGCUGAGUAAGGCAGGAGAGCCUGGCUCUGGGGCGCAGGGUAUGUUGGGCAGCAUGGGGCUUUCCUGGGCCUUCAGUUCAUUCCCAGCAGCAAGCUUCUGAGGGUGGCUCUGGAGCUGGUUUUGUGCAAUACGUGCCCUCUGAGCCCGGAGCCGGUGGGCAUGCCGAGCCCUGGCCCCCACCCUGCCGGGCCCACGCGUGCCGUCUUGCCUCAGCAGACUCCACAGUGGGAGAGUGUUUGAAUUCUUAAUUUAUGGUAGUUAUUUUUUGUUAUUUAUAUAUAUAUAUAAGGAACUGCUUCACGUGAGGUGGCUUCCCUCUUGGGCAAGGGUGGCUUGUUCUCCAUUCUCCAGCCACAAGUCGUCCAGCCGCCCCUGGACUCGCCGGGAGAGCCAGGGUUCCUGAGCUUUCUCUCUAAACGUUAGUGCCAGUCUCUGCGCUUGCAGAGUCUCCAGGGCAGAACAGCCUGGCGAAAAGCCUGUGCAGGCAAGGCUGGUGACUGACCUGCACGGGCACCUGUCCCUCAUCCUGCUUCCUGGGAAAGAAAGGCCUUCUCAAUUGUUCUGAUUAUUAUUUUUUUUUUUAAAGGAGUUGUGUCAGAUGUUUCUGAAGAACCUGAUUCAGGUCCUGUGGCGCAGGCGCUGCCACUGUUGCUGAAACACAGAGGCAGCUUCUCCCCGGGUGGCGGGUGGGCACUCACACAGCCGGACUGUCUCCCGGGCUUCUGUGGACACAUGAUCUUGAUAGGGUCACUUCUGAGCAAGCGUGUUGUCCUAAAGCAAUUGCUGUGAAUCUCACAAGAAACUGGAUAGCGAACAAAAGGUCCUUCUCAGCCCAAAGAGUCCUCAAGGGCCGCGGCUGUGCCCCUACACCCUUGUUAUCCAGAGUGCUUGACUCUUUACGAGACCCAGGGUGCUCAGGGGUGUCUCCACAGGAAGAGGCCAUGUGGCCAGCGAGCCCUGCUGCCCAUCUCAGUGGUGACAACUUAAAUCAUGAGGACGUGUUUGACCGGUGACCUGGUGGAGCUGGCCUGCCUCUUGGAGGCAGAGCACAGGGUCCGCGGCCUGCCAUGCGUCCUGUGCUCUGUAGGAGGGGCGCGGCCUCUGGAGCAGCUGUAGCGUGUGACGUGUUCUCUCAGGAAAGUGCUGUGCGCGUGCCCCACCCUGUGUCCAGCUCAGAACCGCUGGGCAGGUUGGUGGAGGGCAGAUUCCAGUGCCUUGCCUGGUUCCACUGUCAGGGUCCACAGGCGGAGGCGCGUGGCUCCCAGCUGAAGGCAGCAUGCUUGACCUUCUCGUUGGGUUUCAAAAGGCAUUGACUGUCCUGAGAUGCUGAGUAUCUUUCAUGUCACAUCAUUUGUAUAAUGAUAAAUAAAGGUGCUGUGACCUGUGUUCUCCA